AUGUUGGAGGAUGGCACGGAGCUGCGGUUCGACCACGGUGCGCCCUACUUCACCGUCAGCAAUGGCGAGGUUGCCCGGGUCGUCAGUGGGUGGGAGGCGCGGGGGAUCGUCGCCGAGUGGAAGGCCACGUUCGCAUGCUUCGAUCUGGCCACCGGCAAAUUCACAGACUUCGAGAAGGAGGGAACAGCUAAAAAGUAUGUGGGAGUGCCAGCCAUGAACUCAAUAUGCAAAUCACUCUGUGUAGAGGAUGGUUAG